AUGAGGCUACUAGGAACUUGGUGCGUGUCGGGACGCGUCCCGUUCUGCCACAAGCGUUAUUCAGCCAGCCCCCGUGCGAGCGCACGCCCGCCGCCAUCUCCACUUAACCGGCCCAGUGACACAGACUCUCUACCUUUGCAGGGGGUCAAGAAACCAUUCACAGAAGUCAUCAAGGCUAACAUAGGAGACGCCCACGCCAUGGGUCAGAAGCCAAUCACCUUUUUCCGACAGGUGUUGGCUCUGUGUUCUUAUCCCGACCUCCUGGAUGACAACAAGUUUCCCGAAGAUGCCAAGCAGCGGGCGCGGCGUAUCCUGGACUCCUGCGGAGGCCACAGCAUAGGUCAGACCCCUCCCCCCGGCCACCUCCAACCACAUGGCUCGUCCACGUGCCCCCUUCUUAAUAACCAAUCGGGGCGAUCCGGCCCUGCGUGGGGCCGGCGUUGGCAGGCGUCCCCCGGUCGAUGCGGGGCCUACAGCGCCAGCCAGGGGAUCGAGUGCAUCCGCCAGGACGUGGCGCGCUACAUCGAGAAGCGGGACGGGGGCAUCCUCUCCGACCCCGACAACAUCUACCUGUCCACCGGGGCCAGCGACGCCAUCGUGACCAUGCUGAAGUUGCUGGUGUGCGGGGAGGGCACCGAGCGCACAGGGGUGAUGAUCUCCAUCCCGCAGUACCCCCUGUACUCGGCCGCCCUGGCCGACCUGGGCGCCGUGCAGAUCAGCUACUACCUGGACGAGGAGAAGUGCUGGAGCCUGGACGUGGCGGAGCUCAGGAGGGCGCUGACCGCCGCCAGGCAGCACUGCAAGCCCCGCGUGCUGUGCAUCAUCAACCCCGGGAACCCCACCGGUCAGGUCCAGAGCAGGGAGUGUAUCGAAGAGGUGAUCCGGUUCGCCAAAGAGGAGCAUCUCUUCCUCAUGGCCGAUGAAGUCUACCAGGACAACGUGUAUGCAGACGGCUGCAAGUUCCACUCUUUUAAGAAGGUGUUGUUUGAAAUGGGACCAGAGUAUUCCAGCACAUUGGAGAUGGCCUCGUUCCACUCCACCUCCAAGUGCUACAUGGGAGAGUGUGGAUUACGUGGAGGCUACAUGGAGGUGAUCAACCUGGACCCAGAGGUGAAGGCCCAGCUCACCAAGCUGGUGUCGGUCCGCCUGUGCCCCCCUGUCCCCGGACAGGCUCUGAUGGACCUGGUGGUGAACCCCCCGCAGCCCGACGAGCCCUCCCACUCCACAUUCAUGAAGGAGCGCAGGGCUGUGCUGGCAGCUUUGGCCGAGAAAGCCAGUCUAACGCAGGAGAUCUUCAACACGGUGCCCGGCAUCACCUGCAACCCGGUCCAGGGGGCCAUGUACACAUUCCCCCGCCUCUCUAUGCCCCAGAAGGCCAUUGACAGCGCCAAGGAGAAGGGCCUGCUUCCAGACAUGUUCUACUGCAUGAAGCUGCUGGAGGAGGAGGGGAUCUGCCUGGUGCCGGGGAGCGGCUUUGGUCAGAAGGAGGGAACCUUCCACUUCAGGAUGACCAUCCUGCCUCCAACUGAGAAGCUGAAGGUGGUGCUGCAGAAGAUCCGGGACUUCCACUUGCGCUUCACGCAGGAGUUUUCCUAA